UCACCCACGCGCAGAUAUUCGUGUCUCUGCUGGAUUUUUAUUUCGAUCGAGUUCGAAAAUCGAACCCGCACCAAAGUGUGAGUGACCCCAACGAAGCGCGUUUGUUCCUGCGUACGAAUAACAGAACGCGACAUCGCGCCACAAAAUUAAAUUCUCUUCGAACGUCAAUCGCGACACGCGGUACUCAAGUUGGCGCAGAUAUCCAGAGAUGUUUUUUCGAUCAAGUUGCGUGCGCUUGAUCUUCCUCGUCGCAUCCGUGGCUUGCUGGCCAGAAGACGAUUACUCCGGAGAUGACAACAAAGGAUUUUUGGACUUUUUAUUUUCGGAUUAUUCUACCGAUUGGAACUGUCGAUGUGGUUUGCCAAACCGAGAAGCAAGACUUCUCGGUGGAGAAUAUCUCAAGACACAUGAGUUUCCAUGGCUGGCCAUAAUUCAAGUGCGAGGAGAAACUGCCAUACCCGGAACUCUCAUCAACGAUAGAUAUAUCCUCACUUCCGGUUCUCAAAUGAUCGGAUUAACACCGUAUGAUGUGAAGGUCACACUAGGUCAGUUUGACAGAUGUUUCCCGGAUGUGACCUCGCAAAAUGUAAGCGUGAGCGCCAUCUUGUUGCAUCCGGAUUUCUCGCCGGGCAAUCGCGCUUAUGACAUCGCAUUGGUGCGCCUCAACACACCAGUCCAGUAUGAGAAGCGAAUGCGACCUAUUUGCUUAUCGUUCCCAGGUCAUAAAUAUACGGGUCAGGUGGCUACAGUUGUCGGAUGGACGGAAGCGCCCCUACCGGAUGGUGAAACUAGCGCCACUUGUAGGCCACGCAAAGCGGGACUUCCUGUUUUGUCUUACUCGGACUGCGUAGCGACUGCUUUUGAUCCUGCGUAUGUGAGUGCAGAUAAGGGAUGUGUUGGUAUCAUUGGCACUAGAAGUAUUGUUUGUAAUACUGAUGCUGGAGGUCCGGUUAUGUUCCGCACUCGCAACGGCAUUUAUGAAGUCAUAGGCUUGCUAAGUGACAGAAACGACUGUAGUGAAGCUCCCAGCACUGCCCUCUUCACAAGAAUCAGUUCCCAUUUGGACUGGAUUAAGAGAAACACUAGGGAUGCAGUUUAUUGUGUUAAAAGUGAUUAUUAACAAAACCUCGCUUUUUGUAGUAACUUUUAAUAAAAUAAUAGUUUAUUUAUGAUUAAUAA